AUUUUAUUAUAUAAUAAAAACGUUGACACAGAAGUAGAUGUGUGCGGGGAGAGAGAGGGGAUAGCCAUAGAAUCUAUUAGGCUAUUAGCUACCGCACCGAUGUAUCAUAUAAACAUGGCAAUACACGACUCUUGCCCCUGAUCCUGAUUCUACCAUCGAUUGUUUUAUCUUCUCGUCGGCUUUUCACACCUUGGUUCCUUCGUAGAUCUGCUUUUGAUCGGCUCAUCGAAUUGGGUUCUUCAGCUGGAUGUUUUCCGUGGGUUUUCUCCGAUCUUCCUGUUUUUGCUGUUUGUGAGGAAGUGAGUGGGAAGUGUUUUGCAUGGGUGACGAUGCCAGAAUUGCGUAGCGGAGCACGGAGAUCAAAGCGGCUUGUUGAUCUCCAGCCUGCCCCUCAGCCUGUUAAUCAAGAAGAGAACUUUGUUACACCUGCUCAGAAUAGAACCAGAAGGAGGGGAAGAGGGGGAGGCAAUGCAGCUGCUGUAGGAAAGGGACCUUCAGCUGCUACACCCGCUAGACCUACUGCUGCUGGUAGAGGCAGGGGACUUAGGUUGAUAGAUUUGGAUCCAGAGCCACCUUGUGAGGCUCUUCCUCAAGCUGUUGGUGUUGGGGCUGGAGAACCGGCUUUCAAUAGAGUGGAGGGUGUUGCGGAUAAGGAAAUCCCAAUGGACGGUGGAAGCGCAGAUAAAGUAAUGGGUGUUGAAGAGGAAGCGGGUACAACUCCAGUGCCUGAAAGGGUACAAGUGGGAAAUUCGCCGAUGUAUAAGACGGAAAGGAAAUUAGGUAAGGGUGGAUUUGGCCAAGUUUAUGUUGGUCGAAGAGUAAGUGGUGGGACGGAUAGAACUGGACCAGAUGCUAUCGAGGUUGCCUUGAAGUUUGAACACCGAAAUAGUAAGGGUUGCAAUUAUGGCCCCCCAUAUGAGUGGCAGGUUUACAACACUCUGAAUGGAUGCUAUGGGAUUCCAUGGGUUCACUACAAGGGCCGUCAGGGAGAUUUUUACAUUCUGGUCAUGGAUAUGCUUGGUCCUAGUCUUUGGGAUGUCUGGAAUUCAUUAGGACAAUCGAUGUCUCCAAAUAUGGUUGCUUGCAUUGCUGUGGAGGCUAUCUCAAUUCUUGAAAAGCUCCAUAUGAAGGGGUUUGUGCAUGGAGAUGUGAAGCCAGAAAACUUUUUACUCGGUCAGCCUGGAACAGCUGAUGAGAAAAAGCUAUACCUUAUUGAUUUGGGUUUGGUCCGCUAUGGUUUUAUGUACAUGUGGGAUGCAGCUUCAAGGUGGAAAGAUUCUUCAUCUGGUCAGCAUGUCGAGUAUGACCAGAGGCCAGAUAUAUUUAGAGGCACAAUAAGGUAUGCAAGUGUGCACGCACACUUGGGUCGUACAGGAAGUAGAAGGGAUGAUCUUGAAUCACUGGCAUACACCUUGAUAUUUCUAAUAAAAGGAAGGUUGCCUUGGCAAGGCUAUCAGGGAGAUAACAAGAGCUUUCUAGUAUGUAAAAAGAAAAUGAGCACUUCUCCAGAGUUAAUGUGUUGCUUUUGCCCUGCCCCGUUCAAACAGUUCCUCGAGACUGUUACUAAUAUGAAGUUUGAUGAGGAACCAAAUUAUUCUAAGCUGAUAUCUUUCUUUGAUAGUCUCAUUGAACCAUGCACGUCACUGAGGCCUAUAAGAAUUGAUGGUGCUCUGAAGGUUGGGCAAAAGCGUGGAAGGUUGCUCAUUAACUUGGAAGAAGAUGAGCAACCAAAGAAGAAAGUUCGACUCGGUAGCCCUGCUACUCAAUGGAUUUCGGUCUAUAAUGCACGCCGUCCAAUGAAACAAAGAUACCACUACAAUGUGGCGGAUUCAAGACUUCGUCAACAUGUGGAGAAGGGGAACGAAGAUGGCUUGUAUAUUAGCUGUGUGGCAUCUGCUGCCAAUCUUUGGGCCUUGAUCAUGGAUGCCGGAACAGGUUUCAGUUCUCAGGUGUAUGAGCUUUCAGCAGUGUUUCUUCAUAAGGAUUGGAUCAUGGAACAGUGGGAGAAUAACUAUUAUAUCAGUUCUAUAGCUGGUGCAGCUAAUGGAAGUUCAUUAGUGGUUAUGUCUAAAGGAACUCCAUAUACUCAGCAGUCAUAUAAAGUUAGUGAGUCAUUUCCAUUCAAGUGGAUUAAUAAAAAGUGGAAGGAAGGUUUCCAUGUCACAUCAAUGACUACUGCUGGAAGUCGAUGGGGUGUUGUGAUGUCUAGAAAUUCUGGAUAUUCUGAACAGGUUGUAGAGCUUGAUUUUCUGUACCCAAGUGAGGGAAUACAUAGGAGAUGGGAAAGUGGGUAUAGAAUAACGGCAAUGGCUGCCACUACUGAUCAAGCUGCCUUCAUACUUAGCAUACCCAGACGGAAGAUGAUGGAUGAGACUCAAGAGACUCUUCGCACGUCUGCAUUCCCCAGUACCCAUGUAAAGGUAGGAGAAGUGGUCCAAGAAUCUCUACAUUGCCUCUAUAUGUUAUGGCCGUACUGUUUGCUGAUGCUGUGUUGUAUCAUUCUGUAUUUUACCUUGAGAUGCAAUACUUUUGAAAGCUGAGUGAGAAUAGACGAUGGGCCGAAGAAAGAAAAAGGUGAUCGUGUCUCAAACUUGUUGCCUUAAGCUGUGAAAUAUUUGUCUUGUUCGUGCAAAAUGAACAAAGACCCUUUUGGAGAACGAACAGUCAAACAAGUGAAACUGAAGUUGUGUUGUGUCGAGGUUUAUCAGUGGCGCAUGGAGUAGUAGCGGGGAAUGCUGUUCCCAUAACCAUGCGUCACUUUACAUUUCAACUUUUUUAUUAAAUGACUUAAGUGUGCCGUUGACUCUCUUGGUCGUCUAUAUGAUGGAUGAUUUUAUUAACUUUAUAAGUUGCUACAGCCGACUUAAGUCAACUUAACUAAACAUUAGAUCAUUACAAGUUAACGCAAAUG